AUGAAGUGUAACAAGCUGAUUUUGGCCCCGCUCUGUUUGAUCCUUUGCUGGAUGCUGCCUGUAGACUCCAAGAAGAUCAGUUACAUCUUCAGUCUGCGAGAUGCUAACCAGGUCAUCCCAUUGAACAUGGCUGAAGAUGCUGUUGAUGACAUGUACUUUGGCUGCAACGAAACAAUGACGGAAAUGAUCAAAGACAAAUACUUUGAAAAAGAGAACACUGGCGAUUUUGCAGAUGUCUGGAAAAAAGCAGAACGUUGUGCAAACAAGAAACUAGAACCAAUCGAUAAAGGGGAGGAGGCUCUAACUAAGGAGCAUAAGCAAGCAAUCUGUGUUUAUACAUCUGAUAAUCAAAAGUUUUAUGGGAUAUUCAACGGAGCAGUCCGGACCAACAGAAAAAUCUAUGGAAAAUCCUUUGCAUUCCACUCCUUACAUUUCUGGCUAACAUCUGCCGUUCAGAUCCUCAGUAACAACAAAAAAUGUCACACAACUUACCGCAGAACAAAUCUUGUGCUUUCUGGCAAUGUCAACGAUAUAAUUCGGUUUGGUUUCUUUGCCUCCAGCUCUAAAAGAACAGACCUGACAAAAUUUGGUAGUAAGACAUGCUUUCAAAUUGAGACCUGUUUUGGUGCUUUUCUGAAAAAAUAUCCAUCCCUUAAAGAUAAAGAGCAAGAGGUCCUCAUCCCCCCCUAUGAAAUGUUCAAGAUAACUAAGAAACUGAAGAACAAAUAUAAAGAACAUCUGAGUGACUGUGAGACUGUGUAUUACCUGAAGAGUGCAGGGUUUCAGAGCAAUAUAAACUGCCACGUGGCAAAAAUGCAUAAUUAA